ACACCCGCUCCGCGCGGGCAGCUUCGCUUGGACCCCCCGGCUGGGUGGGGAGGGGCCGCCGGACGGGGCGGGCCGGAGGCUGGCGUCCCCGCCCCCCCAGCUUUCGGCUCGCCGCGUCGCGCCGUCCUCCCGCUUCCUUUCCUUCUCGCUCCCUUCCUUCCUUCCUUCCGCCGGGAGCGAUGGAGCCGGGGCGCCGGGCGGCCGCGGCGCUGCUGGCGCUGCUGUGCGCGGGCUGCGCGCUGCGCCCUGGGCGCGCCCAGUACGAGCGCUACAGCUUCCGCAGCUUCCCGCGGGACGAGCUGAUGCCGCUCGAGUCGGCCUACCGGCACGCGCUGGACCAGUACAGCGGCGAGCACUGGGCGGAGAGCGUGGGCUACCUGGAGAUCAGCCUGCGGCUGCACCGCCUGCUGCGCGACAGCGAGGCCUUCUGCCACCGCAACUGCAGCGCCGCGCCGCCGCCCGAGCCCGCCGCCGGCCUCGCGCGCUACCCGGAGCUGCGCCUCUUCGGGGGCCUGUUGCGCCGCGCGCAUUGCCUCAAGCGCUGCAAGCAAGGCCUGCCGGCCUUCCGCCAGUCGCAGCCCAGCCGCGAAGUGCUGGCCGACUUCCAGCGCCGAGAGCCCUACAAGUUCCUGCAGUUCGCCUACUUCAAGGCAAAUAAUCUUCCGAAGGCCAUUGCAGCUGCUCACACCUUUCUACUGAAGCAUCCUGAUGAUGAAAUGAUGAAGAGAAACAUGGCUUAUUACAAGAGCCUGCCUGAUGCUGAGGACUACGUUAGGGACUUGGAAACCAAGUCGUACGAGAGCCUGUUCAUCCGAGCGGUGCGGGCGUACAACGGUGAAAACUGGAGGACAUGCAUCACGGACAUGGAGCUGGCCCUUCCCGACUUCUUCAAGGCCUUUUAUGAGUGUCUCGCCACCUGUGAGGGCUCCCGGGAGAUCAAAGACUUCAAGGAUUUCUAUCUUUCCAUAGCAGAUCAUUAUGUGGAAGUUCUGGAAUGCAAAAUACAGUGUGAAGAGAACCUCACCCCAGUUAUAGGAGGAUAUCCAGUCGAGAAAUUUGUGGCUACCAUGUAUCAUUAUUUGCAGUUUGCUUAUUAUAAAUUGAACGACUUGAAGAACGCAGCCCCCUGUGCGGUCAGCUACCUGCUCUUUGACCAGAACGACAAGGUCAUGCAGCAGAACCUGGUGUAUUAUCAGUACCACAGGGACAAGUGGGGGCUCUCGGAGGAGCAUUUCCAGCCCAGACCAGAAGCAGUGCAGUUCUUUAAUGUGACAACACUCCAGAAAGAGCUGUAUGACUUUGCUAAGGAAAACAUAGUGGAUGAUGAUGAGCAUGUGGGAUCUUAGUGCCCUGAUCAGGGAUCAAACCUGUGCCCCCUACAGUGGAAGCAUGGGGUCGUAACCACUGGACCGCCAGGGAAGUCCCUUCCUUUGCUUAUUCUUUACUGUUUUCUUUCUCUGUCUGGUGGUGGGACUGCCUUAACCACACCCAGUCAUUUUAGGACGCAGGUAGUACUAAGCUGUUUUCUCAGGUCUCUGAGGUGUCUGGCAUGCAUCUACCGAAGCAGAGCCCUCACCGCAGGGACUGUUGGCUGUCAUGCAGAGGGUGGGGGUGUGGGGGGGUCCAGCCAUGGGUGGGCCCAGGGCCUUCAGGAGAUGCAGGCUCAUUCCUCUCCCCAGGAAGGCUCUCUUUCAGAGACCUGGGAUCCCACUCGGAAAACAUUGGGAAUCCAGGGCUCGCUUUGGAUGCGAUGAGCUGGUCCCUCGCUGCCAGGGUCUGAGAAGUGACAAAGUAUUUACUGUUUCAAACGAGGACCAAAAGCCUCCAGGCAUGACAGCCAACAGCUACCGUGCUCCACGCCUGUCAUCCAGGGACCAGCCAGGAGAAAGAAAAAUGUAGAAGGAGGCUGGUGGAAAGAGUGAGGAAGCCUCCAGAGCAAAAGCUAUUGGAAGACGAGGUGGAGGACACAGGGAUGCGGUUAAUGUCAGCCCCAGGAUUCCGAAGGAUACAGUGGAAAAGUCUGGACUGAGCAGCAGUUGGCGGUGUAGGGAGUAAGAGCUUCCCCAGCAAUGGACGUCUUAGGUCCAGAUCUCGUGACGCAAAGCCUGUGCGAGUGAUGGGGUGCUCUCAGAAGGGAAGCAGGAAGGAGCUGGCAAGGGUGUGGUCUCAUUGGAGACCAGCCUCAGCCUGAUCCCACAGGAACUCUCCCACCUUGAGGCGAAGGGGCCGGCCUUCUGUGUGCCAGUGUUUGUGUGUCCGCCAGUCACUGGCUGCCCAGGGUGCUGGCUGCCCGACGGGUUAGUCACUGGCUGCUUAACUCCUGGGUGAGGGAACUCCCCUUAGGCUAAGGACAAGUCUCUGAGUGAGAAGGGUACGCUUAUGCAUUUAUGAGCAUUUUAGCAGCCGACAGGGCAGCAGAAGGAGGGUUCCCCUGCCCAGUGAAGGGGAUCUGGGUGGGCACCAACCGUGUCCACAACAUUGGGAGGCUUGGGAGGGGUCGUGCCUGCUGUUCGCAGAGGUAAAGAGAGACGUAAAGCAGAUGGGACUGGUGCUGAUGGUCUCUGAGCUGGUUUUCUCCACCGGCAGCUCCAGAUCUCUUGCCACUUUGCCCUGUGCCUCUGGGUAGACACUGCCUGGUCUCCCUCGCCCUCUGACUGCCGCUGACUGCUGGGACUUGCUGGCAAGAGACUGCAGGGUGAGAGAAGAGGUCCGGGCCUUGAAAACCCCUGCCUCCUCCAGGCCACCGCUGGACAGGGGCUGUGUUCUUCCGGAGGCCGGAGCCCUUGUCCCGCGGGGCCUUUCCUGUCUGGGCCCCUGACAGCCCUCCACCACUGUUCUCUGAUGGUCCUCUUAACCCUCCCCAGGCUCUCAUGACAAGUCCCUACCCCACCCCUCUUUACUGAUUCCUUUGUCCCAUCAGUUAGGAGAAGGGAGGCAAUUGGUUCUGGUCUCUGAGGUCAGUGCUUCUCAAACUUGACCACAUGCACCACCACCUGGGCAUCUUGUCAAACACAGAGUCUUGAGUCAGCAGGUCUGGGGCGGGGCCUGAGAUUCUGCAUUUCUAACAAGCUCCUGAGUGGUGUCUGUGCUGCCGGCCUGGGAACCACACUUGGAGCAGCAAGGUCCUGGGCUUUUUGUUGUAGUGAGAGGCAUGGUCUCGGGUUGGGGUGAGGAAGAUGAAAGCAGGGAGGAGGGGGCAGGAGUUCGGCAGACUCCCCGAAAUCCUUUUGCGGGAGGUCACGUGGCUGAGAGGCUUAGAAAGGGCAGUCUUACAUUCAGUAAGUAUUGGCAUUACUUUCAAGAGUGCUAGAGAAUCCUUUUUUUAAAAAAACCAUUGUGAUGUCACGCAGAUGUAAAAUUCACUAAGUAAUUGUCUGGGGAAAUAUUUAUUUUAAAUAUGUCAGAAGUUUUCAGUUAAUGGAUACCCACUCCCAAAUUUUUAUGAGCAUUAAACAUUUACCAGUCUCAAAACACAUGUAAUGAUGUACAAUUUAGGUUUACAUUCCCCUUCUGUGUGCAUUUUUAGAUCCUAUAACAUUAAUUUAGAUGACACUAAAUCAAUAAAAACUUACAAACUGAUGUGUUGGGCUUAUUUUGCAGUUCUACCAAUGUACCCUUGAAUGUAUUAUUGUAUUUGUAAUAAACUCAUUAAUACAUUUUUA